UAAGUCAGUCUUGACCAUAGAUCAAGCAGGCAGAUGGCCAGAUAUUAUUAAGUAAGUAUGUGUUUAAAUCUCUGCUCUGAGGGAGGGCGAGUACCAGUCCUGGUAAAGGCUGCAUGCAUGGUGUGACCGUGCGUUCUAUUGGGAGGAAGAAGGUGGGUGACCGAGAAUGGGAGGAGGAGGGGGUGCUCUCUCCCUCGAAGAAAUGCACAAUAUCCAGUUUGCCAUCUCGACAGAGCAAGUGACCGGUUGGCAGUUCAAAUCCGAUCUCUGUGGCGCGCUCUAUUCAGAGGAAGAAGGUAGGUGGCCAAGGAUGGGAGGAGAAGGGGGCUCUCCCUCCCUGGAAGCUAUGCAUAAUAUGCAGUUUGCGAUGUACAGAGCAAAUGACAGGUUGGCAGUUCAAUUCCGGUCUGUGCGAUGUGCAGGCUGUCUUCACGAGGACGGAGGGACAACGACGUCCUCCGGCGGACAUCGAUGUAGUUAACUUCAAAGACAUCACUCUGUCAGAGCAAGCAGGUCGGCAGUUCGAUUCCCAGAUGUACCAUCGGAUUCAUGUUUACAGUCAUCGAUCGGACGGGCAGGAUCAAGAUCAGGAUCCCGAGCAGCAGCAUGAACUAUCGGCAGGCGCGAACAGUAGACCUGGUGCAGAGCUUGGUUCAAUGAUCGCCAUGCUUGGUCCAUGGAGUGCAGGUGGAGGAGGUGCAAUCCGGCUGAUCGCUUUACCAGGUCCACUGAUCGCCGCACCAGGUCCACUGAUCGCUGUACCAGGUUCACUGAAAGCUGCGCCAAGUCCACUGAUCGCUCUAGCCGCUGUACCAGGUCCACUGAUCGCUGCACCAGGUGCAGUGAUCGCUGUACCAGGUCCAGUGAUCGCUGUACUUAUUGCACCAGGUCCACUGCUCGCUGCACCAGGUCCGCUGCUCGCCGCACCAGGUGGCUCGACUGCAGGGGGAGUAGGAGGAAUCCGACCCAGACCCUGUCGUCCCACGCCCAGGGGUGUUGCUCUGAGUGAGUCGAGUUGCAGCUCGCCGAGCUGUUUUUUCUGUUGUCGUCCCCAGAAUCAUAAUGAGAGAGACCAGUCAUCGAGGAACAAGAGCAAGUCCAGGAUCAGGACCAGGGAGCAGGAUCAGGAUCGGGAGCAGAACCAUAGUUCCAGUAGACGCGGUGAGAGACAAGGAGGAGGAGGAGGAGCGGUUGUUUCCUUCGCGAGCUUUGCCGCGAUUAGACCAGUCCUCGAGAAACGGGAUCAACUAGUGGCUGCAGUCGGAUGGAAUUCAUCCAACGAGCUGUACUCCUGCAGUGAUGAUCGUACGGUACACAAGUGGAACAUGAAUGGUGAGGCCAUGGGCAAGGCGUGCGAGAUAGAUAGCUACUACACGGACAUGCACUGGUACCCCUCGGGUUCCAAACGUCAGCAAAGCGGACCAGGAACGGACGUAUUUGUGGUGUCUUGUACGGACGGAAGCUUCAGGAUCAUCGCCAAGAAUGGGAGGGAGGAGAAGAGGGUGGACGCGCACAAGGGUGCGGUGAUAGCCCUACGAUGGAACUACGAGGGGACGGCUCUGGCAUCUGCAGGAGAGGAUGGAAUGGUCAAAGUGUGGUCCCGCAGUGGCAUGCUGCGGUCCACUCUGGCCCAGACUGAGAACACAGUGUACUCUGUCGCUUGGAGCUCAGAUUCGGACCAACUCCUGUUUUCCACGGGCAGAGAUCUCGUGAUCAAACCCCUACAACCCUCCAGCAAGCAGAUGCAAUGGAAGGCCCACGAAGGUCCCGUGCUGAAGGUAGACUGGAACCCUGUGAACCAUCUGAUAGUGUCUGGGGGUGAAGAUUGCCUGUAUAAGGUCUGGGACAUCUACGGUCGUUUGCUGUACCAGAGUGCUCCGGCAGACUACGGGAUCACUGCAGUCACCUGGUGUCCUAACGGCGAGCUCUUCGCCGUCGGAUCCUUCAAUGCCCUCAUCCUGUGCGACAAGACCGGAUGGACAUACUCUAGGCACAAGCCCAACAGCGGCUCCUUGAGCAACAUAGCAUGGACUCUAGACGGAACCCAGCUGGCUGCUGCAGGAGGCAAUGGGUCACUUGUGUUCGGGCAGCUGAUUGGUCGGAAGAUCGAGUGGAAACGAAUCACAGCAACCAUAGAAGAUACGAAUCGCAUCCUCAUACAGGACGUGUUGACCGAGACGGUGGAGGAGCUAGACUUCAGAGAUCGCGUGAUCAAGGCCUCCCUUGGCUGUGACCACUUGGUAGUGGCCACGGCCACUCAGUGCUGCAUCUUCUCCACGAGCAACUGGAACACGCCGCACAUUUUCGACAUCAAAGACACGGUGUUGAUGAUCCUACAGAGCCAGAGGCACUUCCUCAUGAUAGAUAGCUUCUCUGGACUGCAACUCUUUACCUAUGAAGGGCGACAGGUGUGUAACCCGAGAUUCCAAGGACUUAGGACCGAAUUCCUUAACGAGCAGAGCGUCAGCCUAGCCAACGAGAUCCUGGCUGUCAUUGACACCAGCGACUACAAGUCCAUCCGGCUCUUCGACACUUCAAUGGGCAAGUUUCUGGGAGAACAUCUCUCUCACUCCAUGGAGAUAGUCGAGAUCGCGGUCAACCAGACCGGGUCGCUCGUUGACAAAAAGCUCGUCUUCAUCGACCGGAAUCGGGACCUGUACAUCACCCCUGUCCUCAAGCCGGCACUGGUUAAGCUCACCACCAUGGUAGAUUCUGCAGCUUGGAACGACGGGACAGACAUGUUGGCGGCCAUGGCCGACCAGAAGAUGGUCGUGUGGUACUAUCCCAACGUAGUGUACGUAGAUAACGACCUCCUCCCUCGGACAAAGUACACCAAGGAUGGAAGCGAGCUCGGCAAAUUGGCCCGCAUUGUGAGCUUCUUUGGGUGCCGUUGUGUCAUACGAAGGAUCGACGGUGCGCUUGUGACCGUUAGCGUGUCCCCAUACCCUCUCAUCCUGUACGAGCAAGUGCAUGCCAACAGAUGGGAGCAGGCCACUCGGCUGUGCCGGUCCGUGAAGGACAACUCCCUCUGGGCAUGCCUUGCUGCCAUAGCCAUCAACGCCAAGCAACUGGACGCCGCGGAAGCCGCCUUUGCCGCCAUAGACGAGAUAGACAGGCUACAGUUCGUCAUUCACAUCAAGGACAUACCCUCGGAAGAAGGGCGAAACGCUGAGCUGGCGUUGUUCGCCAGACGACCUGAGGAAGCAGAGUCCAUCCUCUUGCAAGCUGGCUUGACCUACAGAGCGAUCCAAAUGAACAUACGCCUCUACAACUGGGACAGAGCAUUGGAGCUAGCCGUUAACUACAAAACCCACAUAGACACCGUCCUCCUCCGUCGUGCUCAGUACUUGAAUCGGAUUCAACGAGCGGAGUCCAACCCUCGUUUCCUGCAGUACAUGCAGCACGUCACCGUGGACGAAGACAAGGUCAAGCUCAAGGUCGAGGCGGAGAAGGAGAAGGAGAGACGUCGAUCUGCCGUUCUAGGUGGUCAUCGAGCGGGUGGAGGGGGAGGUGCGGCGGGAUAUCCGCCCCCUUCCCCCGGUUGACUGCCAAGUCAACAAGGCAAGGUGUACAGCCAUCGAUGUUCGACAAACUUGGACGACAAAACAUCACUGAAUUUCAUCUUUCCUUCUGUGACCGUGUACUCACACUCGGGACUUUUUCAACUGAAUCCCGCCGUCAGGACCGGUCAGAGACAUUACAGGGAAAGUCCCGGUGUGGUAUGUGACUGUAUGUCCUCAAUCUCUGUCUUUCAGAGACAGGACUCUCUGGCAAAGGUCGGGUAGGCCGGUGGGUUCUGUGGUUUACCAGAUUGCCUCCCCCCCUCGUCGUACUUCGCCAGGACGAGA